AUGAACAACAACGUUCAACGAAGAGCCGAAGGAACGUCACUGAGGGACGCAGCACAUUGUGCAAGAGCCACCGACCGACCGACCGGGUCAUCUCCAUUCCGACUCUCCCCGGGCAAGUCCCAGUCCGCUUCCCCGGGCGCCACGUCCCCAGGCGCGCUCGGCCUCAGGAGGCGCCUCCAUCGGGGCCCCCAAACCCGCGCGCCCCGCUCCAUGCAGGACGCGUGGGUGGCGGUGCGCGCGCUGCGGGGGCUCCUGGCUGGCUCGGGGACCCGGGACCGAAGGACGGACGGACGGACAAACUGGGGCGACGCUCCCCGAGAGGCGCAGAGCCCCGCGCUGCAAUCGGGCGGCCCCGCAAUCAGGCUGCGGGGCUGGGAGAGCCGCGGGUGCCCCCCGCGACAGGUGGGGCGCGAGGCCCGAGGACUCUGCGGAGCGCGCGCAGGCCCAGCGGCCGGCCUGGGGCUCCCCGGGAGGGCGCACCCCGCAGCUCUGCGGUGCCACCGGGGAGACGCCGCACGCUGCCGCCCCGCAGCCAGCUCCAGCGCGCGCCAGAUCCCCGCAGCUCUGCCGCGCGCCGCGCCCGCCCGAGGGGAGGGAGGGAGGGUGCCUGGGCCACAGGGCCCCCCGCCACCGCUGCGCCCUUACUCCCGGCGUCUGGGGCGCCCUCCCCGCACCCAGCCAAGGCCCCACCCUGGCUCCAGCCCCGGCUGCGGCGGCGCCCGGCCUGCGCCCACCCGAGGCCCGCCUCUGGCGCCCCGGCACGCGGAGAGGCCCGACACGCGGCGGAGGGGAAGGAGAGGCUGGCACCGGGCUCCCCGGCCCCGCCGCCCGCCGCCCCGCCGCCUUUUCUGCCGCACAAAAGGUUGCAGACGGAGCCCGGCCGCCCCCGCAACCUACCCGAGGAAGGAAGGGGGGAGGCCCGCCGCGCCGCCGCCGCCUCGCCGCGCACCCGCGGCCCGAGGACGAGGGCUGCGGCGCCGAGAUGCGGGCACAGGCCGCCAGCCCAGCCCAGCCCAGCUCAGCCCAGCCCAGCCCUGCCCAGCCGCCGGGCACUAG